AUGCAUAACUGCGUACAUAACAGGACUAUAUUCAGGACAAUUCUUGUAUCUCAUAUCUCAAGAACCACCCAAGACUAUGGCAGAACUUAUGCUAGAGCUCAGAAACAUAUGAAUGCCGAAGAAGCCGUUUACGCAAGGCGUUCGCGUGAUGGUUUUGAUCCUCAAGCAAGGCCAUCACAAGUUGGUGAAUUCCCUCCACCAAACAGAAAAAGAAGGGAAUCCACCCGCAAGACGAGAGACGAACCAAAGAACAAAAAGGUGAACUCAAGGUCUUCCUCUAAGUGGGGAGGAGCUGGAGGUUCGCCCCAAGGCAGGUACAAGCAGUUUACACCGCUCAUAGCUACGGUAGAGCAAAUCCUUAGCAACCUACAAGAUGACUCGGACCUCAAGUGGCCCGGAAAGCUAAAAACCGACCCUAAUAGGAGAGCUAAGGACAAAUACUGCAGGUUCCAAAGAGACCAUGGUCAUAACACAGAAGACUGCAUUGAUCUCAAACAACAGAUCGAGGAUCUGAUCCAAAGAGGGAGACUGCAACGUUUCGUAACAAAGAAGUAUCAGAAACAAUCCAGAAAGGAGGAUACAAACAAAGAAGGUCGGGAUGCCACGGCACCCCGCUCAGGUCCCAUUGGAGAGAUCAAGGUCAUCCAUGGAGGAUUUGCUGGGGGAGGAGAGUUUAGCAAUGCUAGAAAAGCUCACCUAAGAAAGGUAAGAACAGAGGAAUACUGGGAAGUCAACACGGUUGGACGUCCAAGCAAAUUCCAGAAGAAAGGGGAAAUACCCAUUAUUUUCUCAGAUGAAGACAUCAAGGGAGUUCAAAUCCCUCACGAUGACCCCCUGGUUAUAACCAUUGUCGUGGCAAAUUACCUCACAAGAAGGGUAUUGAUAGACAGUGGAAGCUGA